UGUCCAUCAGUCGGGGCUAAGUGGGACGGCUCAACUGAACUCACAACAUUUUUUUUGUUUUUGUUUCCAGUCGACAAGUUGAUGUUUGAGUGCGGCGUUUUUGAAAAACUGCAAGCUGAAGCUUUGAAACUGACGAAAUCCCACAGGUCUCUGAACUAAAUAUGGACGAGCUAAGGCAUCAAGUAAUGAUAAAUCAGUUUGUUCUUACAGCCGGAUGUGCAGCGGAUCAAGCAAAGCGGCUUCUACAAGCUUCACACUGGCAGUUUGAGACUGCUCUCAGUACAUUUUUCCAAGAGGCUAAUAUUCCUUACAGCCAUCAAAUGAUGUGCACUCCAGCCAACACACCAGCGACACCCCCCAACUUCCCAGAUGCCCUAGCCAUGUUCUCUCGUCUUAAAGCCUCCGAGAGCUUCGGCAACAGCAGUCCCAUCGCUUCUAUGGCCACGUCACCAGUUCCUCACACCAACUGGGCCAUGAGCCCUCCGGCAACCCCUGGUCACCAGGGGCGAUGGACUCCGGGUCAGCUCAUGCCCCAAGCACCCUCACCAGGCUGGCCGGCAGCAGUGACUCAGCAAGCCUCUGCUGAGCAUGCUAGUAUCAUCAUGGAGGCCGAGAGAUAGAGACUGCUUUAACUAGCCAUCACACCUUACAGGAAGAGGAGGAUGGACCUUCCUCUUGAAGACUUCGGCAGUUGUGGAGGUAAAACAGUGCGGCGAGAGCGCUGGGUUGCAGUGAACGGUGCUGGAACAGAGUGUGGCCUCUUCUCUGGGGUCACAGGAGAUCUGGGACUCUUUUUAAAUUGCUUUUCUUUUGGCGACUAACCAAAAAAGAUGGACAGAAUGAAUAGCAUAUUCACAGAAAACCUCAGACAAAUGAAUGUGUUACUGAAUAUUGUCAGUUCUCAACUAAUGGUGAAUACUCUAUUUUGCACUGUGUACUAAACCGCUGCAGUGGAACUAAUAGUUACUCACCGUCAUGUCAUUUUGAACCUAUUCACUUUCAUUUUAUGGACAAAAUACAUCUUCAAAAUAUCUUCUUUAAUGUUCCACAGAGGAAAGAAAGUCAUACAGGUUUGGAAGGACAUGAGGGUGAGUAAACGAUGACGGACUGUCUCUUUAAUCAACAGGUUUACUGCAGAAAACACAUGAUCUUUUGGACUGACCUGUAAUUUUUAACAACUUUAUGACUUUGUAAUUAACUAUAUUGGCAUUUUAUAUUAUAAUAAUGGUAUAAGAAGUGUUUUAUGCCCAGAACAUUGGACUCUCUGGUUCUGCUCAGCACUUGGAGAACAUUAGUUUUAUCUCAAAUCCCUAUUUAAAUAUAUUAAGCAAGAAUAUAUUCCUCCGAUUUCUUUUCACUGAUCAUCUUCCUGUAACUGUGUUCACACUGCCUCCACAAUAUUUGUGGACUAUGUGAUGGUUAUUAUUUCCUGUUUGUUGUGUUUUUAAAUAAAUAUUGUAUGUAUAUAUUGCAAAA